GCCAUUGAGGCAGUGCUCUAUUGCUGACAGUAAAGCUAAUAGAAUAUUAGGGUGUAUUUAUAUUAUUAUAUACCUAUUGAUUACAAGUCAUAAAUUAAUUAUCUCUGUAUAAUUCACUAGUUGGGCCUCACUUGCAUUACUGUGUACAGCUUUGGUUUUCUUAUCUAAGAAAGGAUAUAUUGUCUUAUUGGAAAAGGUUUAGAGGAAAGCUACCAGGAUGAUUCCAACAAUAGAAGGAUUACCUUACAGGGAUAGAUUAUGAUCUAUUAACUUGUUUUCUCUUGAAAUAACAAAGCUGCAAAAGGAGUGGAAUCUUCUGUGUCAGAUUAUAAGCCUGUAAUAAAAAAGUCUGUAACAUACAUUGUUGCUGUUGUUCUUGUGAAUGAAAAUGAUGAAGUUUUGAUGAUGCAAGAAGCUAAACGUUCUUGUGCUGGGACAUGGUAUCUCCCUGCAGGCAGAAUGGAGCCUGGAGAAGAUAUUCUUGAUGCUGCUAAGAGAGAAGUGUUGGAAGAAACGGGUCUCGAAUUUGAACCAACUACCUUGCUGAUGGUUGAAAGUGCUCAAGGUCAUUGGUAUCGAUUUGUUGUAACAGGGAAUGUUACAGGUAAUCUACAUUAUGAGGUGAACUUAAGACAGUCUCUCGAGCUGAUUCUGAAUCAUUGCAAGCCACAUGGAUAGAUGAUCUUAAGCAGCUAGACCUGAG